AUUGUUUUUACAGUCUGUGAACACGAAUAUAAUUAUGAAUAUCUGCCCCCGCAAUUAUCGAUAUUCCGGCGCCUCUGGGCAACGUCUUAGAAUUGUAGGAGUACAAUCGGAAAUGCCUAUAUUCUGCAUGAAAUGGUGCAAUAUUUUUCAUUCUACUGUACAUUGUUCCACACUACAAAUUAUUUUUCAUUAUCUUUGCAGGAAAUAAACAAGAAAGAAAAAUGAAGAUUGAAUUACUAAUUACAGGUAAUUUCCGAUUAAUUUAGUAGUAUCUUAUCGGAAGAGAGCAUAUCACGUCUCCUGGCAACUGAGCUCCUAGCGCGGUGGACAUUUAAUACUCUUACCGUCGAGUUAUAAGCGAACAUUAUGGGCGUUUCCCGUCUUAUUUUGCAUUCUUUGACAUUUACUAUAUAAUAAAAUGUACGUUAAUAUAUUCUUUGACACUUUAAUACUAUAAAAAAGAAUUAGACUAUACUAUAGUUGCAAUUGAUCAAUAUUUGUUUGGAUAUCAAAGCGACACUAAUGUCCCCACAGAUUUGUCCCUCAUUGCCCUAACAUAUACAUAAACAAGUCUUGAUUAUUAUGAGAAUCGGGGUGUAUUUCACCCCCACAAUUCCGUACAAUUUUCCAACAAAUCCCCUACAAAUCCGGUACAAUUUGGACAAUCUGUCAAUCCAAAAUCCGUUCAAAUCCUAAAGAAAUCUUUAAAAAAUCCUAAAAAUCAACAAAAAUUCGAAAUUCAGAUCCCAAGAUAAUCCGGAAAGUUGAAAAAUCCAGCAAAAUGUCUUUUAAAAAUCCAAGAAAAAUCCGUGAGAAAUAAAAAAAUGAAAUCUACUAAGAAUCCGCGGAUACGCUUUUUUGGACGAAGAUUAUAUAUGCACGAUACAAACAAAAAUGAAAUAGAAAUGAUAAAACGCAAAUCAGCUGUAAUAGAAUAUUCACUGAGCUAUUUUUAAAUUCUGGCAAAUCCGUGUGCAAAGUCUUGAAAUUUCGUCGCAUUAACUUCAUCACGACAUUCCACUUCACUGUUUAUUGAAAAGGAAAUCGUAUAAUUCUGAUACCCUGCAGGGGAUGACAUAACGAUUCUAAAUAGCUCAGCAAUGUAAAAUUUCCGGCCUCACCCAAAGUCACCUUCAUUCCUACUUGUCACACUAUUGCAUGUACUCAAUUCUUUAAGCGCGAGAAUCGAGUGAGUGUUGAGCCAGAGAGAGCGGAUCAGGAACUGUUUUUUCUGUAUCGUUCUUGGUAUAUAUAGGGAGCAAUUCACUACAUUGAAUUGAAUUGAGAGCAAUUCACUACCUGUGACACUCCACAUUAAUCUCCUUAACACCAUCUGAUAGGGAUAAGGCUUUAAAUUCAUUGGACGAGGCUUGGUGAUUUACGGAAUUAUCAAGAAUAUCAAGGUCAAGGUAAAGCCGACCGUUGACACUGGCCACGGUUGGUGUAUACAGAAAUUGUUUUAAUUUGCUCUUUCGAUAAAGAACGAUUUAAAUUCUAUCACACGAAGCAACUUUAGUCCUCAACAUACCGCGAGUCCAAUCUACAGAUAACCUAGUUUGUUCUUUGUAUAGUGUUGCAUAGUAAAUAGUAAUAUAAGUUUUGGUUUGCCGGAACACCACGUAUAUUAAUUAUUGCAAAGAUUUCGUUGAAAAGAAAUGAAUAAUUAAAAGCCCAAUGGGAGUUAGAGGCGUUAAUUGUGUUUUUUACAUCGGAGAUUUUCAUGUCUCUUGUACAACGCAAACAUUUCAAACUGGGACAAGUGGUACUACAAAUUUGCCCAGCAGAAAUAGUUUUAACCGACCGUAAUUCAUAAAGCCUCUGUUUUAAAAUCCUCAAACUGUAAUAAAUUGAUACAGUGGACAAUACACAACAAAUUUUCCUUACUUUCCUUUCCGUCGUACAUGCAUAAGCUAGGUCCCUAAUAUGUGGCUUGUUUAAUCCACACGCCCCUUCAUAUACCAAAAUUAAAGCGUCGUGGUCUGCUUACUCGCGUGAUUUGAAAGGUAUUUAAAUUAAACCAAUAACUGAGUUACCUGAAAAGGCUGCAUGAUUACCAAUAUUAGCCAAUCAGCGGGCACGUAGUGACCACUGAGUAAACAACUGCGUUGUUUUCUCAAAAACGAAUCCAUAAAAAAACUCCACAUGUCAAAUAUCCCACCGAAGAAAACCCAACCACAAAAGCUCCGACGACAAAAAAAUGACUGAAUGCAAACGAAAUACCCACAUUUCAUGUUGAUCAAUGUACUAACAUUGAUUAAACAUUCAUUUCUUUUGAAUUUUCUUCAUGAAUUAUUAAUGAGCUUUUUAAUAUUAAUUAAACAUCCCUUCCAAAACGAAUUUAACAAAAGUUAAAUGUUAUUAAGAUUCCUUGUAUAACGCUCAAAACAUGGCAAGAUAAAAUUCACAUUACAAGAACUGAAUUAUAUGUAAUGCCCAUGCAUGACUUUAACUAUUAAUUAAAAAGCAUGGCCAUGCAUGCAUGCCUUAAUUAACUAUUAGUUUGCAACAACUAGUUAAAAAGCAUAUACCUGGAAUCAUAAAAUCUUGGACGUGUUCUUAACUAACUGUCCAUAUAUCUCUGGUAAAAAUCAACAUUUUUUAAGGGUCCAGUAGGAUCCGACAACUUGGUUGUUGUCGUUUUGUGGUUUCUCCGCAGCAUGUUAUAAAACCACAAAGUCAAAGAAAAGACGCAAGGGGGGGGGGGCGGGGGGGGGACCUCCUGCUCUGGGUAUACAUGCAUGAAUACAAUACGCAAAGAUAGCCUGCACUCUAAAAAUACCCUGGUUAAAAAUUUCCUGAUUAAUCUAAAAUUAUACAGUUUGCAUGGGGUUGGUUAAUUUAACCAUUACGAAUUCGUGGUCAGUAAUCCACCUAACAUAAUCUGGUUGAUUAAUCAGGAAUCCUGUUUAUAGCAAUUAGCCACGAAUCCUGUUUAAAUUGGCCAUUACAGUGACCAAAUUAACCAGAACUGUGGUUAAAUUAACCAGAAAAUUUAAUCAUGAGGAACCUGAAGUUCCCUCAAACAGUGUUAAUUUUAAAUUAACCAGGAACAAAAAAUUAACAAAUAAUAAAGUUAUAUAAUUGUACUUCCUUCCAGCAUGCUAUUUUAUAGUAGAGUAUAAAUGAGUUUAGAGCAGAAAUUAUUGCAUGACCACGAAGCAUGGAACAGCGUAUAUUAGUGUGUAACAUAAACAUCCGUACAUCACUGUAAAUGUAACAGUUUUGCCAACAUACAUAAAUGACACAUUCAUCUAUAAACUAUAGCUAUAAGAUAAGAAGGAAAUGUAGUCAUGGGGCCGGUUGUUCGAAAGCCGGUAAAUUAAUCCUAAGUUAACGAUGAACGUCCUACAAUAGCAAACUACCAUGUUGCUAAUAAACUUAAAAUAUGUUUUCAGAAGUUUUAUUUUCUGAAGUUUCGAAAUCAAUGGGCGUUCAUAUUCAGGAAAACAACAGGUUAAAUUUUAGGUCCAGUCGAGGUUUGAACAACCGGCCUACGGUUUGGAAUGUUCUGUAUAAUAUGAAAAUUUAAAUGGUCAGGAAAUGCAUUAUAUUAAUAAAAACCUAUUAAGUUAUGCAAAAGGAGUGGUGAAUACAUAGCAUAAGUUGUCAACAUCGCGCUACCUAGCCCGACUAAGUACAUAAUUAAGUGUUUUCAAUGGCCUUCAUCAAACUGUAAUGCGCUGAAAUAAAUGUGUUUAGGAAAAGAGACCAGUUUAUUAAAGCGAAUUCUUUUAUUUAUUACAUUAGUUAAUCACGUCAACACUAUGCUACAUUUAAUUAAAUUAAUUAGAACAGCACCUUUUCCCCGCCAGGCUUGACGCAUUUACCUAUUCGUAACUGCAUGGUGACUUCCUAUACAAUGCAAAUUUACUACUAUCUUUAUUUUUCCAGUUUGUUGUUAUUUUCCAACGCUAUUUCCCGACAUUACUCUCCUAAUGUUGUUAAUUAAUCUGCUUAUUUUCAAUAGUUAAUCAUUACACAAUUACUGAAUCAGAACAAAUAAUAUCAGCAAUUAUAUAGGACAGAAACUUCUAAAUGUGUUUAAUUUAAAUUAACCUUCACCGUACAAACGUUCUCUUUAAAAUCUUCUUGCUUACCCUAGAAAUAAGGGUUAACUUAAUAUUUCUGGUUAAUUUUUCUGGUUGUUUUAACCUUUCCCCUACUAUAUAUAGUAGAGUUAAUUCGACCAGGACUUCCUGGCUAAAUUAAUCACACUAUGUUAUAUGGAUAUAAAUAAACAGGGGCUCAAGCUAUAUUCCAUCUACAAUCAGUGAUAAAACACUUUUGACAAAAUAACAAAAUAUAGACGUACGUUUACAAGAUGAUUGUAACGUGUUAGUUUAUUACGAUAUAGUUUAUACUCAAUUAAAAAGAAAUCUAGAGAAGUAGCUAUUUGUUUACAAUGUAGAAAACGCCUAGCUUGUGUUACUUUUUCGUACGCCUCGCUCGCUGCGCCUGUCAAUCAAAUUAAUGCUUUCGUCAUCGUGACGUCACCUAAUAACAUCGUGAUAAUAAUAGACCCCCUUGCCCCCUUUUCGAUGCUGUAUGGACAAAAUCGUGCGCAAAAUGUUGCUUGCCAACGACCCAACAUUGUUCAGGGUGGGAGAUGGUGUUAUUAUGCUGAACAGUAUUUGGAAAUAUGAAGUUACCUAUAUAGUAUAUCACUGUCCAAAAACACUUUGUCACUGAUUGUAGCAUAGUCUAGACUCUAGUUUUGUAAAUUAACAAGGACGUCCUGUUCAAAAUAUGAAAUAUGAUCAGAUUUCUGCAUGGUUACAUUAACUAGAAUAUGGUAGGAAGUGAGGGUUACCAGGAAAUUUUAGCCUGAGUUCUUUUAGAGUGUUGAUUAGUUUUCACACUAACAUUCAGAGUAUAAAAUAAGUUAUUUCCGAAUUCUUUUUAUGCAAGUUUCAAGUGCAUGUUCUUUCCACUUGGUGCAUGUCAGGGACACUCGACCUAUUCUAUUUAUAAAAACCUAGUAAACAUCUAGUUAAAAAAUUAAUGAAUAGUUCAUGAAGAAAAUUCAACAGAAAUAAAUGUAGUUAAUUAAUCAAUAUCUGCGAAUGAGAUAGACAUUUCGUCCUGAUUUUCAUAAACUUCAGCUUCGAUUUUCCUCAGCUAAAAUGAACCAUAUCGCCCAAAUGUUGGUAAACUUUAUUACCUAGAAGAAGCAUUUGUACUUUAAGUCAUAUAGACCUCGGUCUAGCCUACGCUCAGGCUACCUUCGCUUCGUCUUGUGAAUCAUAUACAGAUCGGCUGCUCAUGCGUUAUACAUUAUACUUAACGAUAUACGUGUGUAUGAUAAAUAACCACCCGGCCGGAUUAAUGUUAAAACCGUCUCCCACGUACAGUAUAUAAUACCUUACAUGUAUUAUAAUAUGAUAAACCUAUUUUGUUAAAAUGAUUAACCUAUUUAGUUAAACGCAAUACAAUAAUAACGUGAUAUGAUUAUGCUGGCAGUGCCAAUAACACAUUUUCCUCGUAACGUCUAUAGUGCCGUGCGUCAUCAGGGAGUAACCUAUAAUUAUGAGGUCAACACGCUAUCGAUGAAAGACGACUAAUGUGGGUCGAUUAGGUUCAGCAGGGUGUUAUUACUUAAAUGUGUGACUAUCCUACAUUUCUCGAAAACGUAAAUUUCCUCCCAUAAUAAACUAACAUUUCCACUUUAACUGUGCUCCGUGAUUGAACAUCGGUCGUAUAAAUUACGGUGGCAAGCAGAUGCGUGCCUAUAAUUUUAGCGUUUAGUGAUAACCAAUUUGAGGAGUGAUAAAAUGAAAGUGUACAUGGGUGAUAACUGUAAAAUGUGCAGUGAUAACAUUAUAGUUGUGAUACAUUCUUCAUUCAUUAAUAGAACGCAGUAAAACCUUAAACAAGAUUUACAUAAUAUACUUGCGAAUGCUAUGCCUAUGUCGAAUUAAGAUGGCACUACAUUUGGCAAAAUGAGUUUAAAGCCUCUCCUCGACAUCACAUGGAAUUCACAUGGUUUGUCUUUAGGAGCCAUGCAUGGUAUAACCAUAUGGACGUAUUUUCAGUCAGUCUUGAGGGCGUCAUCUGUAAUUUCUAAGAAGGCACUAAUAGACAUGAAAUAUAGUUUCCCGCCGGACUGGCAGACCCCCCAUUGCUUACGGUAUGUGUUGUGAUAAAAAUGGCAUAAAAUUAGGUAUGAGCAGAUCUGGAAGCGCCCGCCUAGGUAAUCCUUCGACACGAUAUUUUUUUAAGCUAAGUCCCUUACAAAUUUAGGCCCUUGCUGCAAAUGGGAUUCAUUAGAAGUAUAGAAGAUUCGAGUGCCUGAAAUAAGAACUUCGAAGUUUCAGACGAAGUGCCUUCGCUCCAAACGUUUUUCGGGGGAGGGGUACUUGAAUCUUUUGCCUUGCUUGUAUUUUGAAUCCUUGCUUUGAGGAUGAUUGUAGUCCCCCUAAAACUAGUUUUCAACUAUCGAUUUUUUUUUCGCGCAAAGCGAAUUUUUUCUUUGUCUUUAUCCGUAUCACAUAUCACGCCGGAAAAAUCGACGCAAACGAAGGAAAAAAGUCUGUUUGCGCGAAAAGAUUCACCUAAUGGAGAACCGACUUAAUAACUUCACUUUUAAUACCUUAAUGUAGGCUACCUACCAAACUCAAUGUUUCUAUUUAUGACAAUGACGAGGAAAACGUUUUUUGUCACGUUUUUUUCUUUGUAAACUGGAUACAUCCAUCACAUUUUUAAUUCUGUGAUAAUUCUUUUUAUCCUUCAUAUAGGAGAUCAUUUUUCUACUUUGCAUGUAUGUUUCGUGACAUGAGCUCAAAACUAAUGGGGAAAAUAUACAACUUCUAUUAAUUCAAAAUUUUUCAUUUCAGAAAGUUUAACGUUCCUCAGUCGGCAAACAAACUUAAAAGCAUAUUAUUUUAAUACAAAAAUAUUUUAAUUGUAAUAUCAAGUAAUACUUUAUUUUAAUACUUUAUCUUUACAGAACAAUAUGGCAACGUUUAAAAUUAUUUAUAAAAUCUUGUUACAGAUUUUUCAUAUCUUGCUUGAGUCUUGAAAUAGGAUUAUUGAGGAUAUGCAUAUUACGUCACAAGUGGGGUCAUGUAGUUUUUUAUCGUGACAGCCAGUGAUCAAUAUGAGCCCGAAACUCGAGUUUUGGUUGCUAUUUCAAAUUUCGAAUAAAAACAUGUUAAACAACUUUUGAUUGUUACUCGAAGGUGAUUUUGUGAGGCUAACCCCACUCGUGACGUCAUCAAGAUGGCGGACAGCUCAUUGCUUUCAGUCAAAUUAUUUCAAGAAUCAAGCAAGAUAUGAAAAAUCUGUAACAAGAUUUUUAUUUAUAACGUUCUUUCAAAUGAGACAAUAAAAAUUUUUGUUGCCAUUGUCCUUUAAAAUAAAUAAAUGCUGAAAUGAAGAGGUUUUAUUUGUUUGUUUAUGAGUCUUUCACUCAUUGUUUGGCGGAUUUCCCAACACGCUACAGCUAUUUCCCAAUUGAUAGGGGAUCCAAGGUAGCUACGAUUUUGACGUCCUUAUCCGAGAAGACGCAAACGUCUAACCAUGCGUUUAAUGCAUGUAAAGGUACAGUAGCACUUUCUCUUCAAUUAUUUUAAGAUCUUGAGUGGAGAUCCGACCAAGGAUUGAACCCGCGUCUCCCAACUUGAAAGACAAGCGCGGUGACCAUGACACCACAAAGUCAAAGAGAAAAUGUUAAAUGGGGUCAGAAAUUCACUACAUUUUGCUUAUAUUGCUGUAAAUAUGGCGUGAAUUUUAAAGCAUACAUCAUUGAUAAUUGUUUUUAAUGGACCUUUUCAAAAAGUCUGCCUUGUGACGUAGUUUGUCGAUAAAUACUAUCUUUUGGCCAUCAGGCAAGCCAAAUGGCUGUGCGAUAUCUUCCUUUAUCCGCAAAUACGUCACAAGGCAGACUUCUUAAAAAGGUCUGUUGACAAUUGCGGUGCCCGUGCCAUUUUUGGCACCGCAUUAUAUUCUGCCUGUGAGUUUGUCCGUUUGUUUGUUUGUUUGUUAGUUUGUUAGUUUGUUCGCAUCAAUACGUUUCCUUAACCGCCUACCAAAAAUUCCUUGCACGUGCUCGGAAUUUAUUAAUUAUUAUUAAUCGUGUACACUCAUGAUGAUCGACAAGUUUGCUCAGCUUUAUCUCUGGUUUUAAGCGUCAAACAAGGACAAAAAUACCACAGUUCAAAUCAGCGUGUAAAGUUGUGUUUACGGAUGGAAAAUUGAUUUCAAAAUUGACUUCUAUUCUAGGUAUUUGUCGCCUUUGAAAGACAAAAGCCGCUCAAAAUAAUCCUUCACGUUUUCCGAAUUCCUUUUUUCGAGGAAAGUUUUCUUUCGAAUUACAACUCGAACUCUCACGAUUGACAUUUUGCUGCGUCUUAUCUCUGGUUUUAUGCGCCCAAUAAGGACAAAAAUACCACCGUUCGAUUCAGUGUAAGAAAUUAUGCUCACAGAUGUCAAAUGUAUUACUAAACUACAGUAUUCUAGCGAUUUAUGGCCUUUGAAAGACAAGCGAAAUUGUAUUGUUCACAAAUCGCUGAAAAUUAUUAAACAUAAUUAAAAGUGCAAUACAUUUGACCUUGAUAACUUUCGUAUUGUUGGUUUUCUCUUUUUCGGCCGUAUACCAGUGGAUUCGUCUCACUUUUGUCUUUAUUUGGUUAGUAGUUUGAGCCCAAAAUAUUAUAUUUUGAAUCUUUUAAUGUGCAGUUUUAAUAAGCAAAAUUGUAUUGUUUACAAAUCGCUCAAAAUUACUAAACUAAUUAAAAAUGCAGUCCGUUUGAUCCUUGAUAACUUCGGAAUUGUUGGGUUUUCUCGUUUUCGGCCGUAUGCCAGUCGAUUCGUCUCACUUUUCUCUUCAUUUUGAUAGUAUUUUGAGCCCAAAAUAUUUUAUUUUGAAGGCUUUAAAACGCAGUUUCGACCCUAACGUACGGACCAACUGGCGGCCGACAGGAGAAUGUAGCGUAGGGAUUGCUGCGGGCAUCAAAAGCAAAUAGAACCACAGUAAAGAGCGCAAAUUAUAUCAAGCACAGUGAUUACUCGCAGCGACUAGUGAGCUGUAAAUGGAACUGAAAAGAAGGACAAGAAGCAAUAUAUAUUGAAGUAGCAAAGAUUGAAGUAGCAAAGACCAGGGGUUAAAGGGCAAUCAGAGGUGACAGAUAUUAAACAUGUGCGAUUUCAUAUCAAGUCUGUAAAGUCAUAUCUGCUAGGUGCAUUUACCACAUUAUAUAGACUAUAUACACAGAUUUAUCACACUAAGAAACCAAAACUUUAUAAAAAAUAUAGAACUGACAGUGGCCAAAGUCCAAAACAAAUGUAAGCGUAACAUUAGACGUCACAUGAAAAAGCUUUAGAAAUUCGAUAAAAAUUCGAUGGUGGGUCCUCGCAGACCUCGCGCGCUCACUUUUCCCUCACUAGAAACUUCAUGUAUUAGCCAACAGGAGAAAUCUAGGGGCCCCAUCUAGCGUAUUAUUUCAUAUAAGUUUACUUGUAGGCGAAACGCCAGAAAUGUUUUUUGCAGGGCACCGCAUUUUAGUACUGUGUCUGGUUAUUUACUAUUAUCUGAAGUUUCUCAACCGACAGAUGCAUUUAAAUGAAGUUAAUUUAAAACAAGGUAAUUUCAAGAAGAACACGAAAAAGAUUAUAGGUUUUGUACGGUUUUCACCGCAAUUAAUACGCCACAUAGAGAAGGAAGGCCUCUUAUUAUAUUUAUGGCUGUCGUUUUAGAUGAUUUGACUUCGGAAAUGUUCUCUUCCUUUAUUUCUUAAAAAAAUGUCUAUGGCCUGAUCCGAUCAUAAGUUUAAAACUUUUACAAAGUAUUGAACCAGAAAAAUGGAAUUUUUGAUAAUCACCAUAGUGUUAUAUAAACUACUGAAAACAAAUGAUUGUGCGUCACUAUGACUGACCCUGGGUCAAAAUUAAUAGUCACGAUUGUCAUGUGGUUUCCCAAAAUAUUUACUCUGUAAAAACGCCAAAUAUUGGAACUUCAUUUUGUAAGUAUACCUUACAUGUAAGUACUAAUUAAAUACCUUCAGCCUUAAACUCGUUCAGCCUUAAACUCGCGUGCCCUAAAUGGGAUAUUUUCGCGCAGGUUUAAUUUCGCCACCUUCAAAUGUCACAAAAUUAGAAAAUGAUGGUCUCUCCUUACAUGCCAUUGAAUACGUACUUAACUCACCAAAGCGCUUGUUAAAACGUUCAAGCCACUUGAACAGAAAACCCCAGAAGAAAGAUAAACAAAUUAAUAAGAUGCAUGCUUCUCAAACUGUCAAUAUUUUGUGUCACAGUGGCCAACGUUUAUAUGCGAAUUAUUUUGGCGCAUGUCACAUCAGCCGUGGAUGAAUUUUCGCUGUGCGUCAAUUUCGCACGGAAUAAUUUUCGCAAUGCGUCAAUUUUGUCCACCUACACUCUACAGUCUGCGCGAAUUCGAAUACCCCGCGAAUUUAAAUACAAUUUAAAAAGGCAUCAAUAAUUCACGAGGAAAAGACCAAGUCAAAGGAAAACACUGCUGUGUCCGAGGUUUUGUAUGUGUUAAAAAAUCAUGUUCAUUUAAAUAAACUUUAGCUUUCAUUUUCUCGGCUUUGAUAACGUUUAUUUUUAAAUGUGUCGUUCUCUAAGCCAUUUAGAAAGCUCGCAGUCCGUGCUUCAUCAGACAUACAACACUCGAGCUGCGCUUUCGUGUUUUAUAUCUGAUAAAGCACGACUACUCGUAUUUUAGUACGUAAGGUAUAUUUUAAUAAAAUGGCGUGGAGUAUGUACUAUUUAAAACACGGGCAGGAUUGCUUUAUGACUAUCAGAUAUAAAAGCACAGAUUGCUAGUCUGCGACUUAUUAAACGAUCCAUGUUAUGAGUCCAUUGGCAUUGGCGAAGUAAUUUUAACUAAAAUUAACGUUGUUUAAACCGAGCUAGAUAAUCACAGCUAAAGUUUAUGUAAAUUAAGAUGAUUUUUAUAACAUAGAAAACACCGAAACGGGAGCGAUUUCCUUUGUCUUUUAAUUUCCUCAUGAAUUACUAAUGAGUUUCUGAAAUACAUAUACUAUGUACUACAAUUCCGUACUGUACUGCUAUAUAUAAUUAAUCGUAUAGUAUAAUCAGAAUACUGUAAACUAAAUUAAAAGUCUAAAGUCGAAUAGAUACAACCUAAGAGAAAAAUUUAUUGAAGAAAUAUGUUUGAUCAGAACCGCUAUAAGGAAAUAUGAUAGAAAUGAAGUUAGUUAAUAAUCCAGAGAAAAGAUUUGAAUUGGUGCUCGACCCAGUUGACUCGAUAGCUCAAUUGGUACAGAAUCUCUGCUCGGGUUACCUUAAUAUACGGGUUCAAAUCCCGUUCGAUUCAAGACUUGAAUUAAUGUUGACAACACGUGCAGUGUUAGGUUUUCUCAUGUGUACACUGAAUAAUAAAACUGUUUGUUCACUUGAACAGCUUCGAAUUCCAGUUUAAAAAUAUUCUUUUAUCACCAAUGUACGUUCGACGUACGUGGUGUUUUCAAAACUUCGUUGUCAUUUUCAUAGACUCAAAUAUAUGUAGUGGUACUAGUGGUACUCCAUGAACGUGAUGUUUUGAUGGGAACAAAACUCCUACUGACUGCAUUAUUGCCCAUGCAUUGGAAACACCCUGACGUGGGGUCUAGUUUAGUAAUAAUAGUGUUCUAGAAUAUGCUGUCAUAGUUUGUUUCGAAACCACCUAAACUACCAAAAAAGAUUUGUAACCUUCGAGGUCCAGAGCUUUAGAUACGAACUGUGGCAACUUAUUUGUUAUUAUUCGAAAAUUUCGAACCUUUCAAGAAAGUACGCCCAACACGCUUCCUAUAUUGAUACUGCCUUUAAUGGCCUGUUCAAUGGUCUCAGUUUGUCCGCUUUACAUUCCUGAUGUGACCGGAAAAUACUCAAUUAGUGAAAAUAAACGCCCUCUCAGAGAUCGCGUGCUAUGUCGGCAGGGCGGCAAUCUGUGUUGAUAUAAUAACCACAAUAUCCUUCCGACGUAACUCAUGUUGAAAUAGCACUGUCAUACAGUAUAUAACAUCAGUGAUACAUGCACGCAUAUAGUAGACUAUGACUCAGUGUGAUGCUACGACGCUUACUUGACCUGACGUUAUUGUGAACAAAACAUAUCUAAUAAUUAAAACGAGACAGUGUUAGCCUUUCAACAUGAAUAAUUGUUUCCCGUACUGUUUAUCAUUGCUAGUUUUGUUCUGUUUGCUACCGACGUGCACCUUGGCGGCGCAAAAUACAACAAGUAACCACACUGAACCAGAGGAACAACACUCUUUCACAGAAGAACUACUGGAACAUUUCUUUGAAGAUUAUGGCGACGAAAAUGGGAAUAUUAUAGCGUCGCAAUUGUGUAAUUUUACCCAGAAGUUGAGUGCAUGUAGUGCCACAACAAGCAUUGACCCACAUGGUCAUGGUGCUGAGGAAAAUGUAGUUGAAGAGACGCAUGAGGAAUUAAUGGAACAUGGUGAGGAUGAAGAGGAACACGAAGAGGAAGAAGGACAGGUAAGGAAGCUACAAACACGACCAAUGUUAUUCUCGCUAAUUUUUGCGGCGUUUUGUGAGCGUAAAACUUUUUAUUAAACUUAACACGAGCUUUCGACAGGCAGUCUUUGAUAUUAUUGCUUUUCAAAGACUACAGACUGACUGUCGAAAUUAGCUAUUAUUAAAUAAAAUUAAUUGUUUACGCCAGGAAAACGUCUCAAAAAUUACAAAUAGCAAGAAUGUUUAUUUUAUGCGAGCAUUUUCGACGAUGUAGUAUGAAUUUAAGUGGAAAUGAAUCAUACGAAAUUUAUUAACUGUAUUGAGUACUUGAAACCUGUUGUAGAUACUUUCAAUUAAAUUUUACUGUUCUUAUUAAAUUAAAGAAUCAAAACGCCUCAUUUACGUUGCAAAUAUAUCUUGCGUAUCCAAAUCAAGUGUUUACGUAACAAAUGAAACGUAAAACAUAUCGAAGAGUUGGUUAAUAAAGCUCACUUGAUCACGGUUAAACAAUAGUAUAGUUAAAUUAAUGAUAUAAUCAAUUUUAUCAAUUUUUUUGAGUGACCACACAUGCAAUGCAUUCAUGUCAAAAAACAAUAACAAUGUAGUAUUACGACCUUCCAAACGAAAUUCGAUAUCACCAUACAUGCAGUUUAACUAAAUUUUCAGCGGGGGUGAGAUUAUCUUCCCAUGCGAAGGAUAUAUUAUACGCAUUGUCGCACCUAAUCUCAUCCGAUGAGAGGAUAAUUUUUACCACGGUGACAGUGACUUUUCCCAUUUAAAGUAGGAGAAAACGCAAGUUUGCCGUAAGUAGUAGAAAUUUCACUUGAAUUCUCCCUACUUUUUUUAAAACAACCAUCAUCGGAGAUUUUUAUACCGGUGUUUUUGUUGGGCUAAUCCAGGGGCUGAUUAACCUAUAAAGCUGUUGCAACAUGGUCAAUAAUCGAUUUAAUCCAUUAUCUUCAAAACAAUAAACAUAUAAUUUGCGUUUAUACUGCAGUAUGUGGGAAAUGGCUCGGUUAACUGAAAUCCCGCGGGGCAAAGACAACUCAGUUCGAUCUCGCACAACGUAAGAUGAAAUUAAUUCGUAGGAAGCAAUAACAAACGUCCGUGUAUUCGUGCUUUGCUUGUCGGAAUGAAGUUGUUUUCCGUACCUCAAACGUAUUUUUUCUCUCUUAUAGUGUGCGGGAGUGUACAAAGUUUUAAGAGACAAAAAUUACACUGAAACAAGUAGAAUCAACGAAGAUGAAUUUUCCAAGCUAUGCCCUGCAUUGUACGCGUUAUUUGUCAGCCAGAUCAAGGAACAAACUCCUGAAGAAAGCGUAGAGAGUGAAGAUAAAUUAUCCACGGGCGAAUGUGAGUUUGUGCUAGACAAAGUACGAUAUACAUGUUUAAAUUUUACAAGACAGUGAAGCGAUUUAUUCCAAAGACGGAUCAACUAUAUCAUGCAUGAAUCCCUGACGCAUAAUCCUUCUGAAGAAGCAUCAAUCUUAAUGCCAGUUUACACUUGCAGUUUUUGCUGCAAUUUCUAGUUCGAUUAUCGUCUUCUGAUGGAUAUGAUUAUGAUUUGCGAAUGGGCCAAUUAAUAAUAAUAAUUCACUGAUCUGAUCCUGACUCAUGGACAGCAUAUCACAAUGAUAUUUCCGAAGAUCUAGAAACUCAAGAUGUUCCCCUUUCAACAUGUUCCCCCCUCUCCCUCCCCAUAUGACCCGUCUGCCUGUCUGGCAUGCAGAACGAACAAUAUCGUGUUUUCCUUUGCCCAAUUUCGACUGACGGAUUAUCCGCCUCAACUCUUUUUCAUGAUAUUUGUCCAUGAUAUUUCAACUCUGAAGUGUUCCUUAUCAAUCGUUUCUUUAGUAUGGGGUUAUUCAACCGUCGCCAUCACAAUCAUCAGUUUAAGUUCAUUGCUUGUUAUCGCCGUCAUACCGUUAUUGGGAAAAUCUUUCUAUAACAAAAUUAUGUCAUUCUUGGUGGCUCUUGCUAUUGGAUGUUUAACUGGUGACGCCUUGCUACAUCUUAUACCUCAU